UGCGUAUUCUUCUGUAGAGAAAGAAUUUGUUCAUGGAAUUAUUUUGGUAAAAUCUGAAUUUAUUUUUAUAAAAUCUGUGCAAGAUGAUAAAAGAAACAAUCAAUGAGCAGGAAAAUUGUAAUGUUCAAAACGACGAAUUACCGCUAACAUCGAAAAAUAUUGCUACAAUGGAAGAAGCAGGAGAAAAAUCAAAUUCUCGAAACAAAGUUUUAUUAUUAGAUCGCAAUUUGAACAAUUCUAAUACAAAUAUUAACAACAGACGGAUAAAAAAGUGGUUUCCCAACUUUUCCAAAGGCCACAGAAUUCUAGGAAUAUGUUUCAUUAUUAUUAUUUUGUUAUUUACUGCUGGCUACUUAGGUUUAACUCUUGGACUCGGUGCUUAUAGUCCAAGUGAGACAGAUUCUGAAGAAGUUUUUAAAACAGUUUCAAUACCCAAUGUUGAGCCGUUCAUACCAAAUCCACAAGUAACCCAAGGUCCUUCAGCUUCAACACUUCAUAUGUUUGCAAAUGGCGGAGUUUGUUCAGACAGCGCACUUUGUAGUGCUAUUGGAAAGCUGAUACUGCAAAAGGGGGGUAAUGUAGUGGACGCAGCUAUUUCAGCACUUCUUUGCAAUGGUUUAACAACAUUGCAAAGCAUGGGCAUAGGAGGAGGAUUCCUAAUGAAUUUAUACAUUAAAAGUGAUAAAAAAGCUUGGACCAUUGAUGCCCGAGAAGUAGCUCCUCUUCAAUCUGAAAAGAAUAUGUUUAUUAAUCUGUCUUCAAAUUCCGCGAUACAAGGGCCACUCUCAAUUGCUGUUCCCGGUGAAAUAGCUGGUUAUGGAGAAGCACUAAAGCAUUUCGGAACAAUGAAAUGGAAAGAUUUGAUUGAACCCUCAAUAAAGAUAUGUGAAACUGGAUUUAAGUUAACCAAACAUAUGUACGAUUCUUUACACAUUAACCCAAUUAUCAAAAAUGAUACUCACUUGAGAAAAAUGUUUGUAAAUAACAAAACCAACAGCUUUUAUCCGAUAGGAACAGUUGUAUACCCAUCCAAAGAAUUAUGUCAAACAUAUAAAAUUUUAGCUCAAGAAGGGCCUGAGUCUUUUUAUAAAGGAACGCUGGCUGAUCUAAUAGCUGAUGAUUUGAAGGAUUUAGGUAGCAUUAUCGUGAGAAGUGAUUUAAAUGUGUACCAUGUCGAUAUGGUUCAAUCAAUUCCUGUCCGCUUGACUUCAGAUUCCAUAAUGUAUGUGAUUCCACCAGCUGGAAGCGGGGCUUUAGUAUCGCAUAUCUUAAAUAUUUUGAGGGGGUAUAACAUGUCUAGAGAAAGCAUUUCAAAAGAUUCUGCUAGCAUUUUGACCUAUCACCGUAUUAUAGAAGCAUUUAAAUUCGCCUAUGCAAAAAGAGCUUCUUUAGGUGAUUUGAGAUUCAAUCCCGAAGCUGCAUAUCUAGUAAGUAAUUUAACUUCAAACAUGUACGCCAACGAGGUUCGAAAUUUAAUUUUUGACAAUAAAACUUUUGAUGAUGGUAAAUAUUAUGGAGCAGAAUUUGACCUGAAGCCGGAUAAAGGAACUUCCCAUUUGUCAUUUCUCGGACCUAAUGGAGAUGCUGUUUCAGUUACAAGCACUAUUAAUUUUUAUUUCGGAUGUGGCCUCACUGGAAAACGAACUGGAAUUAUUUUUAAUAGCGGCAUGGAUGAUUUUUCGCAACCAAACAAACUAAGCUUUUUUGAGCUUCCACCAUCUGAAACAAAUUUUAUUGUGCCAAGAAAGAGAGCGUUAUCAUCGAUGAGUCCAACUAUUAUAACGAAUGGGAAAGGUGAUGUUUUUUUAGUGAUUGGAGCAGCUGGUGGGGCAAAAAUUCCAAGUGCCGUAGCUCAAAUAAUAGUGAGAGUUCUAUGGUUCGAACAAGACAUUAAACAAGCUAUCGAUGCUCCCCGCAUACAUCAUCAGCUAUAUCCAAAUGUAGUCGAAUAUGAACUUGGAGUACUGCAAAGCGUAAUCGAUGGUUUAGAAAAAUUAGGUCACAAGACAAAAAGGUAUCGUGAUCGUGGAUCUAUAGCAUGCGGAAUUUAUAAAAACGAAACAGCCCUUUACGUGAAUGCUGAUUACAGGAAGGAAAGUGGUGCAACAGGAUUUUAGUUUUAUAUAAAACAUUUCUAGCGUGAAAUAAUAUUUUCCUUGUUUUACAGUUGAGUAGGAAUAUUUUCGUUUGAAUAUAUGCAAAUAUUAUAAUAUUAAAUGUAAUUAUUAUGAUAUUAAACAUUUUAUUUUUAUCAUUUUA